CGCCAGUUGACAAGCAGCCAACAGGCCCCAGGCAGCGGCCAUGUUGUUUAUCUCCAUGAAACAUCCUUAAUGACUUGUUGACUUUGUAUUCAAGGGAUGGACUGACUUUUAUUUACCUUCCUCUCGCUCGCUGUCACCUACAGGUCAAUACAUUUUCAUUUGUCAUUAUUUGUGGUUUUAUGACAUGAAAGAGUAGAAUGCUGACAAAACUAGCUAAAGAAGGCUAGUCAUGACGUAGGCAGAGAAUAUAUUUUCUCACACUUGGAGAAAAAAUGUUUUGUUUAGUUUUUUUUAAAUCAGACUCUUCCCCCUCGACGGGCGGGCUCGCCAACCUGUUGUUCCUGAUCCAGGAUCAGCUGAUCGGCCAUGCCCGACAGCAGCAGGCGGAAGAGACAGACCCACGGUCAGCGGCGGGCCGGCGUCGCCGUGUUGUUCUUCUUGCGAACCCCGACCAGAAGCUCGUGCUUUGCUUCGCGUGUACACGGUCGCGUCCACGCGGCGAGUCACAAUGCAUCCCGCGGACGUGUGCGCGCUCCCGGGGACGCCGUGAGAGGUUCACGCGGCGUGAACAAUGUAGGAAAGUAGACUUUUCUUCACGCGCUGGGACGUCAAAUGCUCGCGAUGGGAAGGAAACUUUUCACUCUGUCGCCUCGCGCUGUUUUCCAUCUCCGGCGAUUCUAACUCGCUGUUACUCGUUUGCGGUUUGCACCGCAGAAAGCAGCGCGUUUAAGUGAGGGCUUUUUAAAUUCCAGUCCUUGGAACAAGACUUGGUCCACACCUCGGGAAUCCGAGCACAUCGAGCAGCGGCGUCAGUGAACGCCGCAGGCAGCUAGCUGCUAGCUCCAACUGUUUCCAACACACUUUUUGGCCGUUUUACGACACCCUGACGAGAAAGUCAGCCGCCCGAUGUCGUCGACGUUUGUCGUCGAAUAAGACCGAGGCUAAAGUUAGCAGCUAGUCGAAUUAGCUUGGCGGUGCUCGCUUGUUGUGAAAGUGUGCUGGCGUCGCGGCUAACUUGCUAGCAUGCCGCAGCUGAGCGCCGCCGACGGCGAAGAAGACUUGGGCGCCAACGACGAGCUCCUCCGCUUCAAGGAUGAAGGCGAGCACGACGACAAGACCAGCGUGGCCGCCGACAGAGACCUGGACGACGUCAAGUCCUCUCUUGUCAACGAGUCCGAAACCAACAGCGGCUCUGAUUCGGAGGCGGACAGGCGAGCCAGAGCCGAACCGGACGCGGCGAACCGGGCCAGGCAGAAUCAACUGUUUGGGGAAGCACUGAGGAGACAGCAGGCCGCUGGUCUCUUCCAGCCCCCCCCAUACGUGGGAUACCCCUUCUUCAUGAUUCCAGACCUGUGCGGGUCGUACCUCGCCGGUGGAGGUCUGGCGGCAGGCGCGCGUGCGUAUCUGCCCUUUCAGUGGCCCCUGUUGGACGCUCCAGGGAGGGCAGCCGUGAGAGACUCGGCCACGCCCACACACCUGUCCAGCAGCACGCGCCCCCACAUGGGUCACCUCCACCCUCUGCUGUCUUGCUAUCCCGAGGCCUUCUCACCCCAGAGGGUUUCGCCAGGCUUCUCGCCCGAUGCAGGUGCGUCCAGGCCCCCGCACACCGCUUGCUACCCGGUCUCUCCUGGGGGCGUGGCUCAGAUGCCGCCUACUUUUGAUUGGUUGCAGGGUCAGCCCAUGUACCCAAUGGCAGGAGCCUUCUCACCCGCCGCCCUCGCCAUGAGCACCUCCAUGUCAAGUCUGGCGCCCAGCGGCUUCUCCCGUCUGGUGGCGAGCUCGCCGUCGUCCGUCUCCCACGCCGCCGUGGUUGUCAAACGGGAGGCCGGAGAAGACAACCUGCUGAGGAAGUCGGCGGCCGACGCCGUGCGGGAGAGCGGCAGCGAACAGAAGGCGCACAUCAAGAAGCCGCUCAACGCCUUCAUGCUCUUCAUGAGGGAGGAGCGGCCCAAAGUGGUGGCCCAGUGUCAAGUGAAGGAGAGCGCCACCAUCAACCAGAUACUGGGACAGCGGUGGCACUCGCUGUCCAAAGAGGAGCAGGCCAAAUAUUACGAGCUAGCCCGCAAGGAGCGCCUGCUGCACUCCCAGCUGUAUCCCGGCUGGUCGGCCCGAGACAACUACGGGAAGAAGAAGAAGAGGAAGAAGACCAGGAGCGAAACGCACCAAGACGCAGACGGUUCAUCGCCCAAGCGAGCACACGUGUCGCCCGAUGAGGCGCUGCAUGUGCACGCUCUUCUCACGCACGCCCGCUCGCCGCGCGCCCACCCUCACUUGUCACACCCGCACACCGUCUCCCAUCUCACGCACACGCACCUGUCCCAGGCCAGCCCCGCCUCCUCUGUGGACUCCCCGGCCACGCCCACCACCGCGCUGCCGUCGCCCGCCGCUCCGGCGCCGACGCACACAGAGCACACGCAGUCCUCGCACGGUGGCCGCGCCUCGCCGUACGCCGAGCAGCCGCUCGCCCUCACCACCAGACCGCCGCGCGGGACGCGCCCGCUCGCCCCGCCAGCGUCGUCCUCUGACACGCCCUCACCGCACAAGCCCCCUCCUCUGCCCUUUCGUGCCCCGCCCCCUUCCUCUUCCCAGCAGAGCAGAAGAGCCAAUCAGGUGUGAGGAAAGACGUGUGCAGUACGAGUAAGGACUCCCGUGGUCAAUAUUUGACUUUGGCGCUCACGCGUGUCGGACUGUCGUGCUUUUGUAACGUUGGCUGCUUUUUCACGAAACACAAAGACUUUAUUUACCCAAACUAAUAAAACUUGAUUC